ACUAAAAAUCAUUGAUUAAAUUUGUUAUAAUCGUGAUGUGUAUCUCAUCUAUGAAUAUAAGUUAUUACAUGUAAUGUUAUUGUGUAUAAUACUGUAUAAUGUGUUGGUUUUUUUAGUUAGUGAUGAAAGUGAAUGCACUUAAAGUGUGUCUCACAUUCAGUGAUGCCGUCAACUCUCGCAAACCACUGUAUAAUACUGUAGUAAUAGUAAUAUACUGUAGACUAUAGUUAUAUAACUUAUAGACUACUGUAGUAAUACAUACAUUGAUAUUGAUAUCACAUCACUAGUCAGUCAAUGUAUUAGUGUUUUGUGUUAUCCAUUGAUUGAAUGCUUUGCCAAACAAUUUAUGUUUGCAUUUCAGUGAUUGACUUAUUAUAUAUCAAUUCAUAUCAAAUAAAAUACAAACCAAAUGAUCAAUAGAUUGGUUGGAAAUUUAAGAAAUGACUUAACUGUCAGCUGAAGACUCCGUACAUCGAUGUCUGGUAUUUAGAGUCAGUAAUCUCGCCAUUAAAUCGCCAAAAAAUACAAAAAGUGUGACCAAAAUGAACACAAAUCGUCAAAACUGUUUGAUUGUAUUGAGCUCUGCUAAAGAAGGCAACUCUUGUCAGUCAUUCAUACAGUGUUUCUCACUUUUGAACACUACGUUUAACGUACAGAUUGCCACUCCAUCGGGCCGAACUCCGGAGUUCAUAAAAACGGACGAACAGAGCAGGAAAUGGUUGAAUGAAUUCAAACACAAGUCAUUCUCCGAACCAAUCAGUUUGUCUUCAGUCGACCCACAUCGAUAUUCAUGUCUUGUCAUUCCUCACUCUCCCGGAGCUGUCAUUGAUUUGGUCGCAGACUCGGACUUGUCGUACGUUUUGAGACAUUUCGUAAAAGAGCAAAAGGUGAUAUGUGCUAUCGGUAUGGGUGUGGUCGCACUGUUUCCCGCCUACGACGAGGGCAAUGUCUGGUCAUUUCGACGGUUUACACUAACAGCCAUCUCGGUGUUUGAAUUGGCCCGAAAUCCGGACUUUGCCAGUUUGCCGAUCAUACCAGAGGACGUUAUCAAAGAUAGAGGCGCUCUCUAUAGUUCAACAAAUCCCGAUCACUUGGAUGAGGUUCAUGUGGUUGUCGACAGGCAUCUGAUUACUGGACAGAAUGAACAGUCGACUCUGACGGCUGUCCAGAAUCUAAUGAUUCAAUGCAAUCAAAAACAAAACAAAUCAUUGAGAGAGCGCUGAACAACAAAAUUAUUACUUAAAAUAAAACG